GUCAGAAUCUCAAAGCUACAGGCCCCUCUGUUACAGACCUAUAAAUAGACUCCCAUCUCACUCGUCUCCGGAUCGCUCCAUUCUGACAAAGUCUCUGCUGAUAAUACCGAACACACUACGGUACAUUAAGAUGUCCGACUUAGAGACCUGCCUGGGAACCAUCAUUGACACCUUCCACAAGUACUCGUCGAAAGAAGGCGACAAGUACAAAUUAAAAAAGAGCGAACUCAAGGAUCUGCUCACGCAUGAAUUUCCGACUCUUACAGAGCAAGUGAAAGAUCAAGCAACAAUGGACAGUUUGAUGGAAAGCUUGGACACCGACGGCGACUCUGAGUGCGAUUUCCAGGAGUUCAUGACCUUCAUCACCAUGGUUACCAUUUGUUGCCAUGAGUUUUUCGAACACCACGAAGACGAAUGAGUCGGAUUUGGUUUUUUAAGCUCGAUUUUCCAUAGUUUAAUGAGUCACAAUACAUUCCUUCUCUUAAAUUUCGCUUUGUUCUUCAUCACACCGUAUUAGGAUUGUUGUUUUUUCUGGACAGAAUGUACACACUGCUUGUAUGACAAAUUGCUUGGCUUAUUUUACUAGAAUCAAAACCAGUUUAUAAUUUAUUACAAAGCAUGUUUCUAUUAUUCUGCCAAGACAUUUUCUUUCCAAGACAUGCCCAUCAUAAAUCUCAUCGAGUGAAAUGCGGACCAGGUGUUGCGCUCUUGUCAUUUCAAUUCCAGACUGAUUAUAAAAUGUUUUUUUUUUCUCUGAUUAGGUUCAAACUAUUAGGUUGACUUGCAACUGAUGGUCUUGGGGUUUUAGAUGAAUCACACUGUGCUUUAAAAAGACCCACAAAAGCAAAUUAUACUUUUGAAAAAAAUCUAUCGAGCAUAUGGUAUGAUGUUUAUGACCAUCCGACAUAUGUUGUUUGAGGCAUCAAUAGUGUUUUUCAUGUCUUAAUUGCCUGCAACUUUACUAUCAGAUUUGUUUUGUUUUUGUUAUAGAACAUGAUUUGUGUUUCCAAUUGUAACCUAAGCUAAACGUUAAUGUCAAACGAUGUCAAAGCGUCAGGCCUCCCUUCAUGAAACAAAUGCGACUUUCUGUGUAAAUCGUAGACAAAUCUAUUUACGCCAAUGAUUGAACUGAAUGCAACAGUUUACAAAAGAACAAUUUACACAAAUUUGUUUUAAUAGUACUUAAUGAAUGAAUGAAUGUUUCUUUACAAAGUGAAAAUGAAGUCUUUCUUCAUAAAUAGAAGGUAAAUCAGUUUCAGAGGCCAAACUGUUAGAAUUAUGGAAUGAAAACUAGCUAAAUAAAAUUGUAAACA